AUGCAUUUCAUCAAGGCUAUUGUCUGGGGUAUAUCCCUUGCUGCUGUCAACGCGGCUGCUUUGCCCGCCGACGGAUCUGGUGUCACUAUCUGCGAGUUCUCCGGCGGCGACCGAGCCUGCGAAGCUCAUUGCAUUGAGAAGGGUAAAACCUUUGUAUCUUGUGCGCCUGAGUGCACAUGUUCCGGCCGCCUGGGAAAUCCUCUGAGACGUCUUGUCAAGAGGAAGACUACAUCGUCUGCCAAGCCUACCACUGUCAAGGUUCAGGCUACUACUUCGAAGCCUGCCACGACCACCAAGAAGGCCACCACCACAAGCAAGCCGGCCACCACGAGCAAGAAGCCUACGACUACCUCCAAGCCUGCUACUACUACUUCUAAGAAGCCAACUACUACUUCGAAGCCCGCUACCACUUCUAAGCCGGUUACAACUUCUAAGAAGCCAACGACCACGUCUAAGCCUGCUACAACCUCCAAGCCUGUGACAACUUCCAAGAAGCCAACGACCACCAGCAAGCCUACUACUACCAGCAAGCCCGCUACUACCAGCAAGCCUCCUACCACCAGCAAGCCUGCUACUACUUCUAAGCCCGCUACCACUAGCAAGCCUGCUACUACUUCUAAGCCUGCUACCACUUCCAAGCCUGCUACCACUUCCAAGCCUGCUACCACUUCCAAGCCUGCUACUACUUCUAAGCCUGCUACCACUUCCAAGCCUGCUACCACUUCCAAGCCUGCUACCACUUCCAAGCCUGCUACCACUUCUAAGCCUGCUACCCCACUUCCAAGCCUGCUACCACUUCCAAGCCCGCUACCACCAGCAAGCCUGCUACUACCAGCAAGCCUGCUACUACCAGCAAGCCUACUACUACUUCUAAGCCUACUACUACUUCUAAGCCUACUACUACCAGCAAGCCUGCUACCACUAGCAAGCCUGCCACUACAUCGAAGCCUCCUACCACAACCUCUAAGCCUAUCACAACUUCCAAGGCUGCGACUACCACUUCCAAGGCCGCAACAACAACCUCCAAGCCUUUAUCGAGCUCAUCAUCUUCCAGUACCAGCUCCAAGGUUUCUACUUCUACUAGUGCCCCUGCUUCCACUAGCAAGGCUUCCACCUCCACCAGUGCUCCCGCUUCUACAAGCAAGGCUUCCACCUCCACCAGUGCUCCCGCUUCUACAAGCAAGGCUUCCCACCUCCACCAGUGCUCCCGCUUCUGCUCCCGCUUCUACAAGCAAGGCUUCAACCAGCACAAGCUCAGCUGCAGUUUCUACCAGCUCUUCUGCUUCUACCUCAGCUGCUGCUUCCACCUCAUCGUCCGCUGCUGUCUCAUCUUCCGCUGCUGUCUCAUCUUCUUCUGCUGCUGUCUCAUCCAGUGCUGCCGCUUCUUCAAGCACUGCUGUGACUUCUGAGUCUGACGACGAGACUACCACUGCCGUCUCCUCUACUUCUGCUGGUCAGUCUUCUUCCACUGCCGCUGUCGAUGACGAGACCACCACGACAUCUGCUGCUGCCGGAGCUACUACCACUUCUGCCGCUGCUGGUACCACCACCUCUGCCGCUGCCGCCGGAACUACCACUUCUGAGGCCGAUGAUGAGACAUCCAGCGCUACUACCCUUGUCACCCUGACCCGCACUUCUAGCACUGCCGAUGGGGAGUCAUCUACUCAGGUCGCUUCUUCUACAUCGGUUGCUGACGAUGAGACUACCUCCAGCCAAGCUGCUUCGUCUACCUCUGCUGCCGCUUCUACCUCAUCUUCUGCUGCCGAUGAGUCUACCAGCCAACCCGCCUCUAGCACAUCUGUUGCUGAGUCCACUAGCUCUGCUGGUGCCUCGACUUCAUCAACCGCCGAUGAGGAGUCUACGAGCCAGGCUGCUUCCAGCACCUCUGCCGCCGAUGAGACUACUACUUCAGCUGCCGCGACAACCUCAUCAGCUGCCGGUGAGACAUCUAGCCAAGCCGCUUCAUCCACCUCUGAGCAGUUGACUGGUAACCCCGCUGGAAUUUCCACCUCUUCAUCCGCUGAGGAGUCCACCUCUGCUGCUGCCACCAGCUCUGCUGCCGAUUCUAGCUCCGCUGCUGUCACUACCUCAUCCUCUGUCGACCAGUCUUCCAGCCAAGCGGCCAGCACCAGUUCUACUGCUGCUGAUGAGACGACCAGCUCCGCUGUCGCCUCUACCUCAUCUGAUGCUGAGACCUCUUCCUCUGCUGCUGGCGUCACAUCUACUUCAGCCGCUGAGACCUCUUCUUCCGUCGUCGAGUCUAGCAGCUCUGCCGCGGCCUCCACUUCGACUGAUCAGACCUCUUCCUCUGCCGCCCAGACCUCGUCUUCUGCUGCGGAUGAGACUUCCAGCUCUGUCGCCGAGACUUCAUCUUCUGUUGCUGCUUCCAGCACCUCUGCAGCUGAUGCCACAUCCUCUUCUGCUGCUGUGACAUCUUCAUCUGUUGCUGAGUCUACAUCAGUUGCUCAGACCUCCACUUCGGCUGAUCAGACUUCGUCUUCUGCGGCCGAGACCUCCUCUUCUGCUGCCUCAACCUCGGCUGCUGAGACAUCCUCAUCCGCUGCCACUUCGUCCUCCACUGCUGAAACCUCCAGCUCUGUUGCCGAGACAUCUUCUGUUGCUGCCUCCAGCACCUCCGCUGCUGUCUCAACUUCCUCUGAUGCUACAUCCUCGGCAGCUGCUGAGACCUCUUCGUCAGCUGCCUCUAGC